GUUAUCCUCUAACUUUUCCACACUGGUGCACACCUCAAAAAAGAAAAGGAUAUUUUAAAGAAUUGUUGAAGACGAAGGUUUUUAUUUUGUAUGUCUUUUAAUGGCUAUGCAGAAUAUUAAAUAGAAUACAGUUUGACAUGACGACAAAAAAUGCUGGUUUGACAUCCACAAAUGCAGAACUGAGGGGCUUUAUAGAUCAGAAUUUCAGUCCAACAAAAGGUAAUAUUUCACUUGUUGCAUUUCCAGUUUCCAGCACCAACUCACCAACAAAGAUUUUACCGAAAACCUUAGGGCCAAUAAAUGUGAAUGUUGGACCCCAAAUGAUUAUAAGCACACCACAGAGAAUUACCAAUUCAGGAAGUGUUCUGAUUGGGAGUCCAUAUCCCCCUGCACCAGCAAUGGUCACUCAGACACACAUAGCUGAGGCUGCUGGCUGGGUUCCCAGUGAUAGAAAACGAGCUAGAGAAUUUAUAGACUCUGAUUUUUCAGAAAGCAAACGAAGCAAAAAAGGUGAUAAAAAUGGGAAAGGCUUGAGACAUUUUUCAAUGAAAGUGUGUGAGAAAGUUCAGCGGAAAGGCACAACAUCAUAUAACGAAGUAGCUGAUGAGCUGGUAUCAGAGUUCACCAAUUCAAGUAACCAUCUAGCAGCUGAUUCGCAGGCUUAUGAUCAGAAGAACAUUAGACGAAGAGUUUAUGAUGCUUUAAAUGUGCUGAUGGCAAUGAACAUAAUUUCAAAGGAAAAAAAAGAAAUCAAGUGGAUUGGCUUGCCUACCAAUUCUGCUCAGGAAUGUCAAAACCUGGAGAUAGAGAAGCAGAGGAGAAUAGAAAGGAUAAAACAGAAGCGUGCCCAACUACAAGAACUUCUCCUUCAGCAAAUUGCUUUUAAAAACCUGGUACAGAGAAAUCGACAAAAUGAGCAACAAAACCAGGGCCCUCCUGCUCUGAAUUCCACCAUCCAGCUGCCAUUUAUAAUCAUUAAUACAAGCAGAAAAACAGUCAUAGAUUGCAGCAUCUCCAGUGACAAGUUUGAAUACCUUUUUAAUUUUGAUGACACCUUUGAGAUCCACGAUGACAUAGAAGUACUGAAGCGGAUGGGUAUGUCCUUUGGUCUGGAGUCAGGCAAAUGUUCUCUGGAAAACCUGAAAAUUGCAAAAUCACUCGUUCCAAAAGCAUUAGAAGGCUAUAUCACAGAUAUCUCUACAGGACCUUCUUGGUUAAAUCAGGGACUACUUUUGAACUCUACCCAAUCCGUUUCAAAUACAGACCUGACCACUGGUGCCACCGUACCCCAAUCAAGUGUAAACCAAGGGUUGUGCUUGGAUGCUGAAGUGGCCUUAGCGACUGGGCAGUUUCCUGCCCCAGACAGUCACCAGUCCAGUAGUGCGGCCUCUCACUGUUCUGAGUCCCGCGGCGAGACCCCUUGUUCAUUCAACGAUGAAGACGAGGAAGAUGAGGAGGAAGAUUCCUCCUCCCCAGAAUAAAGACAGGAAAAAACUCAUGUUUUAACCUUUGAUGCUCAUGUGUGUCUUUAGUGUGAGCUCUUGUGUUUUGAAAUGAUUGCUUCAGUCUUUGCCUUUGUUUGCAUUUGUGUUUAGUGAAAACUAGAGAAACACAAUAAGCAAAUUACAUGAAGGCUGAGAUGAUUGAAAUGAAAGUUAAUGUAGCGUGAAUGAAAACUAAGCAACAGCAGUAGGUUACAUCGUCAACAAAGCAUGCUUUCUGCAGAGAGAGAGGGAAUAAUCCAUGAAGAAUGGCAGUGAAUGAGGUUUGUUUUCAGGGAGGUGGGGUUUGAAGACCCCACAAUGUAUAAGCAUUUAGACUUGCGAUUGCUGUGAGUAUGCAGUGAUGAUGGUUUUCUCCCUUGUCGGAUUGCCUUUUAUAGGCAAAAGUGAACUUGAAAGUCCCAGUGGGUGUACAGUGAGGGAUGUAGAUUGCAGGCUUGUGGCCUGAGGAGCACAGAUGAACUGUUGAGCUAGCCGGAAGUCUAGCUGAGGUGCUUUGCGCAUCUGCUGCCUUAGCUUCUAGAAGGGAGCAAGUGCUACCUUAUAAGUACCUAGUUGACAUUUAGAAUAAUUUACAGAACACUGAAGUGACCAUUUGUCAAUGCAUUGGUGCAUAGGAGUUUCUAGGGCUACUUCUGGGAGCCAAAAUAGAAUAGCAUUUCCAUGUGCAUUAAAACUUCGCCAGCACUGCCUUUUGCCAGCAUUCUAAAUUUGGAGUUUUACUGAGAAGGAAACUGUAUUUACAGUUUUAAUCAAAGCUAUGCGUUUCAUACAGCUUUUGAAUUUACAGUUGAACAAAGAAGCAAAUUCUUUGACCAAAUUGCUUGUCCAUAGCUGUCUGCAGUACUGUAUGAUUUUACCCGUGUGCAAUUUGUGAAAAUGAACCAAAUGUCAUUACUUUUGUCUUUAUUUCAAGAAUAUGAACAUCAUUGUUCUCUUAUACAUGUUAUCUUUUUCAUAUUUUAAUUAUCAAAAUGAUCUUAUCAGAUUUAUUCCUGGGUAAAUUGCAUUUCAAACUAACUCAAUAUUCAGUGUUUUUGUUAAAAUCUUGAACCCUCCAGUUGACUGCAUCUGUGCUAUCGUGGCAUGUCAUUCGUGGAUACAAAGCCAAAGUUGUUGCCAUGAAACUACUGCAGUGUGUCUGUGAUUUCUGCUUCUCUCAGUAGGGGAGCACGGGACAUCCACUGCCAAGCCAAACCCAACUUAACUAACACAUUAAGGCCUUGAAAGAGGGCAGGGAAUGGAAUCAAUUCUGAAGCCAGUUGAAGUCGCAUGUGUUUGUCCUGAUCCUGUAUAUCUGGUGUCUGUGGAUCCUGUACCAAGCUCAGUCCAAAAUGCUGCUCUUUUUAGUCCUAUGGGGGAAGCUUGAGCUGGAAGCAAAAGCUUUGGUUGACUUAAAUGUUGUGAGGCCGUUAGCGUGAAAAUACGAGUGUGCAGAUACAGCUUAGGUUCCUUUGAGAGGAGACUCAUUGUAUCAGAAGGAAGCUGUAGUGCAAACCUGAGUGUGCAAGGGGCACAAAGGUUCUGGCAGGUUGUGUUGGCAUGAGUUCUAAAACACACAUCUUAGGCUGUCAGAGCAAAGUGGUCCAUAUGCAACAGGGGCUACCUCCCGUUAGUGCCUCAUUUCUGUCUCUGUACUUAAGGGAGCCUAGCAGAGACCUGGAGAGAUCAAGGGCAACAGUUGCUUUUUUAGUUUUCAAAAUACUGGCCUACUGGUCCCAAGAUGUUUCAGAACUUAAAGCAAAUGCACACAUUACACCCAUUUCUUUUGCCAGGCAGCUAAAUCCUUGCAAGAGUUCUCAAGGAACUUUCCCCCAUUGUCUCAUCCCUGCUGCUGUAUGCUGGGCUUGAAAGGGGCAAUCACACUGGACAUGUUGUAUGCCUCUAACCCCAGCAUUUGGGAAAUGGAGGCAGGAAGGUAGUCAACCUUGGCUACAUACUGAGUUCAAGGACAGCCUGGGCUUCGUGAAAUCCUUGUCUGAAGUGGGGCAACCAAAGACUCAAUCUUUGUGUGCCUCGCCCUGGCCAUCCUAGUUACCCCUGUGUCAUCAGGUGCUGCUGGCUUAACACUGAACCAAGAGGAUUACUUGUGAUCCUAGACAGGCAAAGGAAUCAUCAGAGGUUUGAAACCAGCCACAGCUACAAAAUGAGACCAUAAUGCAGUAAAGAAAGGAAAGCCUAAAUUGAGAUGUUGCAAAGGAUAAACUCUGGUCUUCUUUAUCGCCCUUAAACACCAAAUCAUAGUACAGGAAUGGAAGGGGGAGGAGUUAAAUUGUGGUCAUAGCAUCUGGCUUCUUUGUAGGUGGGGUACACAGGUUCCUUGCACACAGCUGUUACCCUCCCCCAGAGGUGCUGGGCACACUGCUUAAUGUGUCAAGAGGCUUUUCUCUAUUGAGGUUCAAUUUCUCAUGUGUAUAACACUAUUGUCAGUUCUCACUCUCCGUGUGAGGAACAGUUCCACCAGCUACACAGCUGUGCAGCAGUCGGUGCUUAGCAGGCUCCCUUUGCCUGUCCCCCACUGGAAGUCUGUUCAGUGUUUGCAUUUAUUGUGCCUUACAUAGGAAGAAAGGGACUCAACAGAAUCCUCCUCCCUCUGAAAGGUCCCCAGAAAACAGGCCAAUGACCACAUGCUCUGCAUCUUUCUUGAUUCUUUUUUUUUUUUUAAAGACUUUAUUUAUUAUGUAUACAGUCUUCUGCCUGCAUGCCAGCAGAGGGCACCAGAUCUCACUUAAGGUGGCUGUGAGUCACCAUGUGGUUGCCAGGAACCGAACUCAGGACCUCUGGAAGAACAGCCAAUGCUCCCAUCCGCUGAGCCAUCUCUCCAGCCCCUUUCUUGAUUCUUUUAAAGUGGGAGGGAGGAAAAUCUGCCAUUUUGCCAGAAUGAAUGAGGAACUCCUCCUGUUAACAGAAUAUAAUCAAAGCAGUAGCAGUACUCAAUCGAUAAUUUUUGGAAGAUAAUUCCCAGUCUGUCCUCAGAAAGAAUAUCCCUAUCAGACAAUCAAGAUGAAGAAGUGGCCCACUGAGUCCCUGCAGGCCUUCUCAUUCUGCCAUUUCUAUCUAAACUGACUUCUUGCCAGAAGUGUGGGAGCUGUUCCAGGUAUAGCAUGAUGUAUGCCCCGAGACAGUCUGGACAGAGUGUGUCUGCCAGGCAGACGGAAUAGGCAGAUGACGGAGUGGCCUCAGCUGCUUGUGCUAUAACCACACUCACUUCCCAACAAAAUGGGCUGUCCUUAUUCACUAAGUCUGCUGCAUAAAGCUUUGAAAUUUUCUUCCUUAGUGGUAAGCAUGGGGGUGGGUAUUAAAAUACCAAACUUAGCUGCCUUUACCUGUGUACAAGCCAAGUGGGGACUGUAGCAAGCCACGGAGUUCUUGGCCUCAUUGUCUUGAAUUACACCGCAGGCCAGUGACCUGAGAUGGAGAGUUCACACAUGUUCUCUAAGUUGCUAAUACACAGGUGUACCUUGUGAUGAACACGUGGAAGGUGACCCUCAUGCUGCAUAUCGGCUAGCUUGGGUGAAAUACGGUCCAUAAACCUAAGAACAAGCCUCCCAGUGGGGCUGCCUAUUUUUCUCCACCUUGAACAAUCACUGCCUCUAAGCACUGAUGCUUAUUAAUAUAUAGUUUUGCAAGACUACUGUGCAUGCCAGGAGCCUACAGCAAUCACCUGAAUGAUCCACAGAAUGUGCCUUCCAGCUCACUGAUUCGGUUCACCUAUACUAUGUUCUGUUAACCUAUACUUGAGUCAAACACUAUCACUCAAAGGGGGGAGCUAAAAUGAUGAAUCUUCCUUUAUAGCAAGCCUCAGGAAGUAGCCUCUUACAUAUUAACAAAAUAUCUGGUGUUACAGUUAAUUUGUAGGAUCCAGUUUCCCUGCAUACAUGUGUGCUCACAAUAUGCUAAGAGGGGAAGUUAGGGCAGAAAGCUUUGGCAUGUCAUGUUUCCAGGGAGUCCUUGACAGGUGUAAGCACUGACCAGAUAGAUGGCCACCCCUCAGUGUCAGGUGGAAAGAUGCUCGUCUGUACAUACUAUCAGUUCUGUAUAGUUCUUUCAGAUAAGGAAGAUUUUGAGUUAUUUUUAUAUAUUAAAAAAAAAAAAAAAACUUUAGGACCAGUGCCUUGGCCCCUGUCAUCCUAGCAGAGUGGAUCUUGGUCCUCCUUGCUUAAAAAGCUACUUUAGAAACCGUUGUAGUCGCAGUGGAGAGUCAGGGUUUGUGUCUUCUGUGCUAGUGUCUCAGGAAGGGAGAGAACUCCUCUUGGGACCCACUCACUCAGAGAUGGAAGUAUGCAGAGCUUGGGGCCCAGCUUCCCUUAGCCUCUGUAGCAGUCUGCUCCUGUUUGUCACGUCCCUCAGGCCUCCAUUGCCUACUGUAAAGCACACCUUCACACGGGCCAUCCAGACAGCACCAGUCCUGACAAGUGCCAAAAACCUUGAGGAGGAACUCAAGGGGUCUUUUUUUUCCCAAACUCUAUCAUGACUGUCAUCUUUGGGCCUCUCAGGACUCCAGGUGCAGAUGGUCACAGUCACAAGAGACCCUCCCCAGGCCAAGGCCAUCUAUUCUGGACAUCCAUAGGGACUUGAGAGGUGGAGUUGCCAUCUGGGCCAUAGUGACUUAUUUCCAACCAAAUUAUUUGGACUUCAGAAGCUAUUAAUUUGCCAUGCUUGACUUCAAACUCGUUACUCCUAGGUGUGCUAGUUUUGCAUAUUCGGACUUCUCUAGUUUGUUUUGUUUUCUUAUACUUAGUUACCUCCAAUGCUCUAGCCACCUCUAUGAAAGCGGCUUCUCUGCAGGUUAUGUUAUUUUUCCCACUAGUAGUAAGACGACACUCUGAGAAAUGGGACCAGUCCUCCACCUGGUUGUUCAGGAGGCCUGAGUUCUGGGGACCCCAUCAGUACUGUGAAGUGCCUGGGUUGUCCCAUUUGCCCUGCCACACUUUACCUGGACAGAAGGAAUGAGGUCGUUGGCCUAGACCACUGAGUGGCUCCCUUUCCAUUUGGAGACUGCGCAUGUGCUGCUGGCUACUGUCUCCAGAAAUGCUCUUUUUCUGCAUGAAGCACACGCUGGUGUCAUGCCCUAAAUAAUUUAAACAAGGUAAGAGGGAAAUGCAAACCACAUCUCGCCUGCCUCUUAGAGUUUUGUUCCUAGGUUGAAUACACAGGCUAAUAUAUUAUUUUGUAGUAUCUCAGACUUUGCAUAAAUACUAUUAUUUUUGUAUGGAAUUUUUUAUAGAAGAGCUAUUUCUGUAUACUUACUUCUGUGUUUCUGAAAUGCCUUCCAGUAGGUAACCGGCAGGUAUUAAAUAGUGUCCCACUUCGGGUGGCUCAGGGACCGCCUACCCAGAAGAGACGGGGAAUUUAAAUUUUUUCACUCCCUGCACCCACUCCAGAUAGAAGCUCAGGGUGUACCUAGGAAGUAUUAGCUCUGAGUGAUUUUUCUCAUCAAUUCACACAUCUUUGUUCAUACUGUAAGAGUGAAAGAAGAUAACAUCUGAAAUGAGUAUGUUGAGCUUGAGAAAAAUUGUAUCGUACUAUUCUGUGAUUUGAGAUACAGAAAAAUAAACAAGUAAUUUAAAAUAA